CCCCCCUACUUUCUCCUCCCCCUCCCCCCAACCUUCAGCAACAAACUCAAGCUUCUUAGCCUCUCCGUGCCUCGCUACCGACCGACGCCCCGGGCACCAUGGCCUCGCAGGCUCCCGGCCUGGCUCCUACGCCUCUGCUGCAGCCGGUCACCCACCUGCUCUUUGACAUGGACGGCCUCCUUCUGGAUACUGAGCGACUCUAUUCAGUGAUAUUCCAGGAGAUUUGUGACUGCUUUGGAAAGAAAUAUACUUGGGAUGUGAAAGCCAUGGUUAUGGGUAAAAAAGCGCUGGAUGCAGCGCAGGUUAUUGUAGAAGUCUUGGAUCUUCCAUUAACCAAGGAGGAGCUGUUGAUUGAAAGCAAAAAGAAGCAAGAACAAAUAUUUCCAACCGCUACAUUUAUGCCAGGUGUUGAGAAGCUGAUCAACCACCUACAUAGACACAACAUUCCUAUUGCUGUUGCUACUAGUUCAGCUGGAUUGUCUUUUGAAUUGAAAACAAAAAGACACAAAGAAUUCUUUAGUUUGUUUAAUCAUCUAGUUAUGGGUGAUGACUCUGAGGUGAAGAAUGGCAAACCGGAGCCUGAUUUGUUUCUAACUUGUGCAAAGAGAUUUUCCCCUUCUCCUCCUGUGGAAAAGUGCCUUGUAUUUGAAGAUGCUCCAAAUGGAGUUGAAGCAGCACUUGCCGCUGGUAUGCAAGUGGUUAUGGUUCCAGAUGAACAAUUAAACCCAGAACUUACAAGAAAGGCAACCUUGGUGCUGAAAUCACUGGAGGACUUUAAGCCAGAAUUGUUUGGUUUGCCACCAUAUGAUUGACAGAUAAUCUAAUGAUAGUCUGUUUUGUGCCAUUACUCUUCUAUUUUUAUCUUGGAUUUUUUUUUCCAUUUUAAUUGUGAAUUGUAAAGAAAAUUAACAUAUAAUCAAAAAAUUUCUUCGCCAAAAAUUUAGAUAUUCUUCCCACCAUGUCAUGUAUUGUAAUUUCCAAGUAAUUCAUUGAAUUUAUUUUGUUCUGACUUUUAGUUUGAGAAGGAAUAAACAAUGGCAAUAGCCAAGAUGAUUCCACGAGCAAAUCAUAAUUAACAUUUUAAUAAUAAGUAGUUGAUUAUACUAAAAUGAAAAAUACCCAGUUAUCUGUGAUUUAUGUUUCUCUACCAAAGAAAGAUCAUGUUUUUGCUCAGAAAAUAUUCAAUAAAAUUGAUGAGGAUGAUUUAUUUUAGUAAAUGCCAAAUUGUUAUUAAAAAUAAACUUUAAAAAAUGC